UUAUUGCCUUCCUCUCGCUCGUUUUUUUCUCUAGCAAAGCACAGAACAGAGAGAUCCAAGAAAUUUUCAACUCCAAGAAUCUCUGUUCAGUUCAGAUCUAAAGACACCGUCUCAGAUUCAGUGAUCAAUCAUGUCUACUUUCAGCGGUGACGAAACUGCUCCGUUCUUCGGCUUCCUUGGCGCCGCUGCUGCCCUCGUCUUCUCAUGUAUGGGAGCAGCGUAUGGAACAGCUAAGAGUGGAGUUGGUGUGGCGUCGAUGGGAGUGAUGAGGCCUGAGUUGGUGAUGAAGUCGAUUGUUCCAGUUGUUAUGGCUGGUGUGUUGGGUAUUUAUGGGUUGAUUAUUGCGGUUAUUAUUAGUACUGGAAUUAACCCAAAGGCCAAGUCUUACUACCUUUUUGAUGGGUAUGCACAUCUCUCGUCUGGUCUUGCUUGUGGCCUUGCGGGGCUUUCUGCUGGGAUGGCCAUUGGCAUUGUUGGUGAUGCCGGUGUCAGAGCUAAUGCUCAACAGCCUAAACUUUUUGUUGGAAUGAUCCUUAUCCUCAUCUUUGCUGAAGCGUUGGCGCUGUAUGGCCUUAUUGUUGGCAUCAUCUUGUCAUCCCGUGCUGGCCAGUCCAGGGCAGAAUAAGAAGGGUGAUUGCUAACUACUGCUAUUCUUUUAUAGCUUGUCAGUGUCGCUUAGGAGAAAAAACUGUGGUUUGCAGAUUAUUGAGGGUUGGGCAGCACUUUCAGCAUCCUCAAAUAUCUUCUCAUGGAAGUGUCUGCUCUGCCAAGCAUUUGGUGGUUUCGUUGUGCUGUUUGCAGGAGUAGGAUUGCGAUUUAUCCGCAAAAUAAAAGCUUUUCAAGCUCGCCAUGUUGGGUUCUGUCUAUGAUUGUAUUUUGCAGACCAUAAAACUGUUAUACAAACUUCAAAUCUUGACUUUUGCACCUGUGAUCAUAUUAUUUAUUGAAGUCUUAUUUCACAACUUAAAA